AUGUCAUCUUCAAAGUUUAAUGCUAAUACAAAUAAAAGAGAUAGUUAUAAUCCACGUGUAAAAGCAAAGCUAAAUUCAAAACUCUUGUUAAAUGAUGAGAAUAGAAAUAAGCUUAAAAGUUUGUUAGAUAAUGUUGUUAAACAAUAUAUUUGUAGAAGCUAUCGUAAAAAGACCAAUAUAUCUAAUUCUUGUGCUUUGGCUGCAUGUUACUUUUAUGUAGGAUGUCUUGCAUUUGUGACAAUUAAUAUUUGUAAUAGUGAAAUUUGUGGAAUUUCUGGAUAUUUAAAGCAUUCAGAGUUAUGUAAAAUAUCUCAACCACAGAAUGACUUACCUUAUAGACUCUUGCCGUAUAUAAGAUCAAUUGCUGAGAAUUUACUUAAUCUUAAUGUAAGCACUACAAAUAUUCUUGCACUUAAUGCUAAAACUGUAAAGAAUAAUGUUGAUAUUAACAAAAAUCCUACAAAAAAUUUAGAUCAAUUUCUUAGACAAAAUGCAGAUCAGUCAGAACUUAAAGAUGCAUGCUUGUAUUAUCAACUACAUACCAAAGAAACAGAUCGUCUGAAAAUUAUUAUUUGUAAUCAUGAACAACAAGAAUAUGUAUGGAGGUAUGGAUACCAAAACCUUAUUCUUGUUGAUGGAACCUUUGGAAUUAGCAAGCAUAAAUUACUCUUAUUCAUUAUAAUGGUUAUUGAUGAAAAUAAUAAAGGCAUUCCUAUUGCCUUUAUUUUUUUUACACCAUCUUCAAAUAAUUGGCUUACUUUUUCUAGAUAUGAUAGUAGGAUCCUAGAAUGUCUUUUUACAAUAUUUAGAGAUAAAAUUAGUGAUAUUUAUAACCGCAACCAACUUAUAACAAAUCCAAAUGCUACUUCAGUUAUAUUUACUCCUCUCAUCGCAAUAACUAAUACUGAUAUAAAAGAUGUGUUAAAAGAAACUUGGGAAAUAGACAGUGAGAAAAAAAUAGUAAGAGAUUUUAUCAAAGAAAAAAAAAAUUUGCUAGAAAGUCUUUAUAAAGCAGAAAAUAUUUCAAAAGAUUUAAAAAAUCUCUUGAAUAGUGGAGUUAAGUUUCUAAAUUAUCUGAAAAAACAAUGGGCUACAGAUAUACUAUACAUUGUCCUUGUAUAUGAAGUUAUACCUAACAUUUUAACACUACGAAAGCUUGCUAUAGAUCUUGAAUAUGAGAAAGCAGAAAGAAGAAAGGAAUUAAAUAUAAUGGAUCCUUUAGACUUAGUAAAUUAUGAGAUUGAAAAAAUAACAGGAAAAAUCUAUGUUCAAGUUGAAUCUAAAACUACAAACCUCGUUUAUACUACUUUUUUUUUGACUUAUCAAGAAGCAAGAAAGAUUCAAAAUGCCAACGAAUCAACAAGUUUAAUAGAAGACAGUAGCAAUAAUAGCGAUGAGAUAGAUAAUAAAAGUGAAGAGGACAUUGAUGAUGAUGACAAAAAAAAAAAUAAUAAUAAUGAUUUUAACCUCAGAUCUACUUCAUCCAGAGAGGCUCUUAAUUAUAUUGAGCAGCAAAUUUUUGACAAUAUACUUGAGCCAAAAAAACCUACACCUAGUAUAGUCAAUAUUGCUAGUUUAAACAUUGCUGCUAUCUAUAAACAAGAAUUUCAAAAUUUCUUGAUGUCUAUAUCAAGAAACCUGCAAACACUGUAG